AUCGGGAGCCGGCCGACGGGCAGGAAUUCUUGGAACGAGGUGUACGGGAUUGGAUGCAAGGCCGGUUGCCGUUGAUCGACCAAGAACUCGACAUGUUGCAAAGACAACAAGAGGCUCGGCAGCAGAGCCGCUAUGAGGAGGAGGAGGAGGAGGAGGAGGGCCCGUUCUGGCCGAGUUUGGCAGUCCCGGCCUCGCUCGACGCCGUCCUGCAGCUGCCGGAGACAGCCGGCGCGCCAGCCGGAGCCCGGCUCCAGCAGACGGAGUGCGCCGUGUGCCUCAAGGAUUUCGAGGUGGACGACAAGGUCGCCACGAUGCCGUGUGACCACUACUUCCACCAAGGUUGCAUCUCCGAGUGGCUCAAGGUCAGCUGCGCCUGCCCCCUCUGCCGUCACGCGCUUCCUGCUGCAACUCCACCGGCGCACCACAUGGAGGCGACGAGUCCAUGAUCGAUCA